AUGGGCGACCUGGGUACUCCACCUAUGUCGGCGUUCGGCGUGCGAUCUCCGGGCUCCGAGGGAGCUGGAGUUGUCGUCAAAGUAGGCUCGAAUGUGAAGAACUGGAAGUCGGUACUCUAUGGUCUUCAUAAGACAGGGACGUAUCAACAGUGCUCGAUCUCAAAAAACCCCACUGUAGCGGUCAAUACCCUGCUGAUCUAUUUCACAGAUAUGUCACUUGCCCUGCGCAUUAUACGCAAAGAAUUCCUAACGGAGUGGACGACUACGCAGCCGUACUAA